AGCCAGCCAGCCGAUCGCGCACCCAUACUCAGCCGCUGCCGAGCAAAUGAUGGAAUCUGAAGACUGACGAUCGGGAUCCUUGAUUUCCAUCGAUAUUACAGAUUUUUAAUGAAAUGCGCGAACGAGACGGUGACUAUUGAGCUCAAAAAUGGAACAAUUGUCCAUGGCACCAUCGCCUCGGUCUCACCGCAAAUGAACACAGCGCUCCGCAACGUCAAGAUGACUCCCAAGGGCCAAGAGACCAUCCCGCUCGAGACGCUCAACGUGCGCGGCAGCACGAUCCGCUAUUUCAUACUGCCCGACUCGCUGCCGCUGGAUACCUUAUUGAUUGACGAUGCGCCCAAGCCCAAGAACAAGGCGCGCAAGGAAGCCGAUCGCGCAAGAGGCGGCCGCGGUGGUCGUGGAAGAGGUCGUGGCGGAAGGGGCGGCCGAGGUAGGGGAAGAGGUUAAGGAUAUUCGAGGCCCGGUGCUGGUACCGAGGGUGUUUGAGAGGAGAUGGCAUUCAGGCUGGGACGGAACUGUCGGAAUGAUGAGCCGGCCGCAGCGAAAUUGAUCACCGGCGGCUUCUAUCUUUCGGGAUGUUGGUUGUGUGGGCGAUGCUGACAGGCCCUUGAUGGAAUUCUUCAUGGCAACCAACGGCCGGACUGACGAUUGCAACGAGUGAUACGGGUGGGCAAAGCCUGUUGUGCCGCCAUGCAACUCUCGCCCGACUGGUCAUAACUGCUCUGGUCAAACGACACUGUCCUUUCUUGUUGAGCUAUGCAGUCUCUGGAGUGGCAGGAAAUCAGGCGGCGUUUUAGGAUGGGUCUUUAAAAAGGUUGCAAGUGCGCUGCUUGGCUUUGAUAGAGGAUAUUGCAGGCAGACACACAAAAAGCAACGCCUUAGCUUACCAGGAGAAAUUAGCAACAAACGACGAUAAUGGAUAAUCCGUUGGUAUGACCUGUCCUAGC